ACAUUAUGUUAAAUUAUCAAUAUAAACAUGAUCAAUUUAUUCUAAUAACACAGUUUUUCUUUUCCCUUCUAUGGGAACCUUUUCCGACAAAUUUCAAACAAAACUAACUUUACUAUUUAUGAUGACUGACGGUAUGUUGUUUUUCACUAGUUAAAACCGUGUGCAUUUCAAAGGGCAGCAUUAAAUGCAUGAGACGGAGGCCUAUGCAAUCACCUGUCCAUCUACCUUUCUUUUUUAUUACCGAUUAAGUGUAACAAAAUAUCAGACAAACUUUUUCAUUCAUGAUCGUUUCGCAUUUGGAAACCAUCCCAGCCUGCAGUGAGCCUGAACCAGUGAACCGUCCGAGGCCGGGUCACACCUCCUGCGUCAGCCGGGCGGCCGGAUGUCGCCCCCCACUCGCGCAGAUGGGUGUGUGCACGGCCCGAGCUGCUCGUCUGACGGCACCCGGUAGCCGUCGGCCCGCUGAGCGCAAUGACAGCUCGCCGGGCCCCGCCGCCGCCCACUCUGACGCUGCUAGUCGUGGCCGGUCUGACCGCGCUGACCGUGACGUCAUCGGGGUGCUCGGGAGUGGCUGAGGCGCCUGUCGGAGCCUCAGGUGAGGCGUUCGUGGACGACCGGAGCCCGUUUUCCAGUGGCUCGGCUGGCGGCUGGUGCCGGCGGGGUCCGGCCGCCCUCUGCGCCGCCCAGCCCUGGGGGGAGUCCGCCGCCGCCGCCGCGGCCCGGAACGGCUCCGGGCCCGGCGGCGGCGCGCACACCGCGCUGCUGCCCCACUGUUUCACGGCGCUGCCGCUGGUGGCUGUGACGGCCGUGUCCGACUCGGCGGCCGUCUAUCGGUUCCAGCUGCCGACCGGCGCCGCGCUGCGACACCCGCUCGGCUCCCACCUGCUGCUGAGGGCCGCCGACGCCGACGGACGCGCCGUCACGCGCGCCUACGGACCCGUCUCGGACCCGCGGGCCGUCGGCUACUUCGAGGUGUACAUCCGUCUGUACCCGUCCGGCGCCAUGUCGAGCCGGGUGCGCCGCUGGCGGGUGGGCCAGACGGCGCUCUGGAGCGGUCCUUUCGGCGGCUACCGGCCGCGGCCGACCGACCGGCGACUGGUGCUGCUCGCCGCCGGCACCGGUGUGGCGCCGCUGGUCGGCCUGAUGGCGGAGGCGGUGGCGCGGCCGGCCGCGCCGCGGCUGACGCUGCUGCUGUCCGUCCGCCGGCUGCAGGAGGUGUUCCCGCGCCGCCGGCUGGCCCGCUGGGCGCGCUCCGGCCGCAUCACCUACGAGCUGUUCGUGACCGGGCCGGAGGAGGACGGCGAGCGGCCGUGGCCCGGCGAGACGGUCACCCGCCGGCGGAUCCAGCGGCGUGACGUGCUGGCCGCCGCCCGGCAGCCCGGCACCGGCACCAGAUACCUGGUCUGCGGCCCUCAGGGCCUGGUGGAGGCCGUCCGCAGCUACCUCCGGCAGGCCGGAGUCAGCCACCGCGACAUCGUCAUAUUUUGAUUUUUGAUAUGCUUCUUUUGUUGCACUUUUGUGCUGGAGUUAAACACUUUUUAUUUCGGGUUUAUGUACUUACUUGAACCUUUAGUAGAACAGCUGAGCGACCUUUGCUGCAAUAAUACCUUGCACAUUAGGGAAUGUGUAAAGACUGUUUCUUGGCGUCAUGAGAGUGUCAUGUCAGACAAUAUUCUAGCAGUCUAGCAUGUUUUGUUUCAGUCAAUAUCGGUGCAGCAUCUUUUGACUAUAAAACAGCCUCGGUAUUUGACUUUUAUCAGCAUUUUCGUAAUGUCCUUUUUGUUUAUGAUGCCGCUGUUGCAUAGGGCAACAAUUUAGGUAACAUAGUUAUCGGCUUGUGCCGGUGCCCGUGACCCGUAAUUUAUUCUGAAGUAGAUAUUCCGAUGUCACUAAUAUCAGUCUUUCAGUACCUAACUUUCCCAUAUGGGUACUUACAAUGAUGGGUAGAUGGGUACUUACAACACAUGCUGAGUAAAACAGAUAUCAUAUUUUUGAGACUGUGGUAGGUCGACUGUUAGCCCUGUUUUCGCCCUCAUUUACCGCUUCGCUCGUGCGUACUCGUUCUCGAUCAAUCAGUUCGUCACACGGAGGACCAAAUAAAGAUAUAGUUCAUCUACGCAUCAAAGUCUGUUUUGAUUUCUAGAUUGAUGCGCAAACGGUUAA